AUGCCCAUCAGUGUCUUAGGUAACUCAUACAACACGGCUCAUAAAAGUCUUCAGCGAACUCUCAAGAAACUCAAGAAGGACGAAGAGUAUCAGAGUUUGUACUUCAAGUUCAUGAGUGAGUACGAGCAACUCAAUCACAUGGAGAAGGUCUCAUCGCACCCAUCAACAGGUGCCGUUCACUAUUACCUGCCUCACCAUGGGGUGCUCAAACCUGACAGCGUAACAACCAAGCUGCGGGUUACGUUCUCAUGUGGAUUCGUGGUCAUCAGUACAUCUUCACCACUGAUAUCACGAAGAUGUAUCGUCAAAUCAGAGUGCACCCAGAGGAUUGGAAUUUGCGACGCAUUCUGUGGAUUGACGAGAAUCUCAAUGAAUCUCAGGUACUUUCUCACCACGGUCACAUAUGGAACGAAAGUUACUCCAUUCAUAUCAGUACGAACUCUUCUACAACUGGUUGAAGAUGAAGGGCAUCGAUUUCCACUCGCUGUGCCAUCAAUCACUCGGGGAAGAUACGUCGACGAGAUCUUUGGUGGCGCCGAUUCAGUGGAGCAGCUCAUCAAGAUUGCUCAUCAGCUAAAAGAUCUCUGUCACGCGGGCGGAUUUCCUCUUGCAAAGUGGCACUCUAAUCGUCCAGGGCUGCUAAGCGUAAUCUCAUCGAUCGACUCGGUCAGCUCUUCCAUCUCACUUGACGAUUGCGCAACCAAAUUACUCGGAUUACGGAGGUCACCUCUUCAGGAUGUCUUCACCUUCUCAGUCAUCUCAGCCUCUCAUUACGAUCGGCUCACAAAACGCCUCAUCCUAUCUGAAGUGGUUCAGAUAUUCGAUCCACUUGGUUUUGUCUCGCCGGUUGUAAUCAGAGCCAAGAUGCUUCUCCAAGAACUGUGGCUCUGCAAACUCAACUGGUACGAUUCACUGCCGUUUCAGGUCACCUCAAGAUGGCUCAACAUCAGAAAGGAUCUCACAAGCCUGGCCAGGCUCUCAAUUCCACGGUGGUACAACACAAACAGUGACUCAACGAUCAUGCUACCCGGCUUUUCUGAUGCAUCUCAACUUGCAAUGGCUGCAGUCAUCUACCUGGUAGUAGAUACACCGUCCACGGGUGCCAUGGCCUCACUCAUUUGCUCAAAAACGAAGGUAGCACCACUCAAGAAACUCACAAUCCCGAGGUUAGAGCUCACAGCAGCGCUGCUACUUGCAAAACAAAUGAAACAUGUCUAA